UGCCCUCGAUCUCGUGGCGUCCACACGAAAUUCAUUGCGCUUGCUCUCGGAUUGCUUCUCCUCCCAAGAUCAGAGGAAGAUAACAACGCUGCUCUGCUCCUCCUCCUCCUCCUCAAAGAUCUCACCCAUUCCUACUCUCGUUUGAGGUUGAGCUGCUUGUACUGAAAUGGAUUUGUUCCUUAAGGGUAUCCUUGGUGAAUCAGCAUGUGAUAACAUGUUUUCCCUUCAAGAUAUUCAGAGGUGCCCAUUUUUGAGGAACAUCAAUGAACCAACAAGCUUUAACUUCUCUUCAUCUGUUAAAUUUCCUUCACCCGCACAAGGAGUGAAAGGCCCUAUCUUUGAAGAUGGUCCUAGCUUUGAAACAGCUUUCAAGCUUUUCCAUGGACAAGAUGGAGUUAUUCCCCUUUCAGGAAAAUCAUACGUGUAUAAUGAGAAUCCUGAACCAAAUCCUGGCUUACAGUUUAAUCCCCUUGCAGUGAAUGCAGCCAGCAUCAGUCUUUCAGCAUUUGGACCCGAGGGACCUUUUGGCUUCAAUUUCUUCUCGAGGAAGUGGAAGGAACACAACAAAAAUUCAUCCAAGCCUAACAAUCUUUCACAGAAAAGAGGUGGUUCGUCACAUGAGGCGCAUAGUAGCGAGUGGCUGAAAACUGGGCAGUGCCCCAUUGCCAAGUCCUUUCGGGCUGUAAAUCGGGUACUGCCUCUUGUUGCUAAGGCUUUCCAACCACCACCAGGUAUAAAUUUAAGGUGCCCACCGGCUGUUGUUGCCGCACGAGCUGCCCUGGCCCGGACCGCCUUUGUAAAGAAUCUCCGCCCACAGCCACUGCCUGCAAAGAUGCUUGCAAUUGCCUUGCUUGGAAUGGCAGCUAAUGUUCCACUUGGGGUUUGGAGAGAGCACACCGACAAGUUCUCCCCUCAGUGGUUUGUGGCUGUUCAUGCUGCUGUUCCAUUCAUUGCCAUGCUUCGGAAGUCGGUGCUGAUGCCCAAGACAGCGAUGGUUUUGACCAUAGCGGCAUCAAUUCUUGGCCAGACUAUUGGAUCCAGGGCAGAGCGUCUCCGUCUGAAAGCGGAAAGAGGUACAAGUGGUGGGUCUGACAGGAAGGCUGUGGUGGUUGUGAAUAAGAGUGCUGGCCAUACCGAAAUUGGCAUGGCCUGGGAGCCUUUACCAAUGAAGGCAGGAGGUGCAGUGACAACAAACUCUACUCCAACUCCAUCGGGUACUUCUGCCGCUAAUGUUUGUUUCUAAUGAUUGAAAAUAAUGCCUUAUGAUGUAUGUGUUCUUGCUUAUUAUUGUGGCAUUGCAGUUGUGAAUGAUGACAAUAUUAAACUCUGUGGAUGCUGGCAUGCAUCUUAUCCGAAAUAAUUUGAACAAAUGGUGUUCAAUAUGUUA